CAUUUCGUGACCGCGCCCCCAUAGCCCACGCCCCCUCUCGCCGCCGUCCGGGCACAGGGUGCGUUGCGGGGCCGGGCUGGGGGCUCCAACAUGGUGGGGCGGCUCAGCCUGCGGGACGUGCCCGAGCUGCCCGACGCCAGGAAACGGGGCGACGCGGGGCUCGACAGCCCCGACUCCGGGCUGCCCCCCAGCCCCGGACCCUCCCACCCGCACUGGCCGCUCUCCGCCGGGAGCCCUGAGCGCGCAGCGCACAACGGACUGACGGAGCCCGAGACCCCCGCAACCAUCCCCGCAACCAUCCCCGCGGCUGCGAAUUCCACCUCCUCUCCCAGCCCUGCUCUCUCCAGCUGCCCUCCAAGACUGUGUCCUUUAUCCUUUGGUGAAGGCGUCGAGUUCGACCCUUUACCACCAAAGGAAAUAAGGUACACCUCCUCAGUUAAAUACGACUCAGAGAAGCACUUCAUCGACGACGUCUACAUGCCCGUAGGCUUCAGCCUUUCCUCCUGCAGCCAAACCAUCAUCUGCGUCCCCGACUGCACGUGGCGCAGCUACAAAGCCGAGGUGCGUUUCCAGCCCCGCAACAAAGCCCAACGCUUCACCAGCACCACCAUCGUGUACCCGAAGCACGCCAAGACUGUGUACACCACCACCCUGGAUUACAACUGUCGGAAAUCCAUGCGGCGUUUCCUCUCCAGCGUCGAGCUGGAAACCUCCGAGUACUUCGGGAGCGACUGUGUCCUGGAUGGCUGCUGAGCAGCGGCCGUCCCCGAUGCUCCGAUCCAUCCCGGUCCCAUCUCACCGCGCUAUCCGCUCUCUGUUUGCUGCGCUGGGUGCAGAGCCCACCUUUGCAGUCCUCACCUCUUGCUCAGCUCCUAUUCCUGCUUUAAGCAUCAGAACAGCCCGAAGGAGGUUUCCAGUGGGGGUGUGACUCAGUGAGGGAUUUCUUUCCCUCCCCUACCCUGCAGUGCAGAUGGAAAGAAGGGGAAGGGUUUUCCCAGAAGAAAUAGAAUAGAAUGUGGGAUAGCAUUGGGCUGGGGGAGGUGCACUGGAUGCUUUGUGGGGAUGUGCAAAGAUAAGGGCAGUUCACUCUUGCAGAUAAACCACCAGGUCGCCGGGUUUUGUACAGCCGGAGCUGUCAUUCAUUUUGGUUUAGAUUGUGGGACUCUCCUCUGGCAGGACAGUCUCCUGGAAUCUGCUGGGAAGAACUAACAGAAAGAUCUGUGCUGAGCAGGUCUGAAGUGUUAUCCAAUGGCAAUUCGUGUCUGGUCUGAUGGUGUCAUUUGGAAGGAAGCAUAGAGCAGGAGAGAAACUGCUUUUGCAGCUCCAGGCAGCAGAGGAGGGAUGAGGAUGGGGCAGCAGCUUGGGCUGCAGGGACCCGCUGCGAUGUGCAGCAGGAGAGUUGUGGGGCCAAAGGGAACAACUUCAGGUGCAAUGGCAGCUCUCGACCUGCAUCUAAUGAGGAUUUAAUGAGUUAAGAGACCCAGGAGCGUGUCCUGGAGCUGUGCUUAUGGUGUGGAUGUGCAUGUGGGGUGGAUGGCGUGGAAGUGUAUGUCAGCAUGAACUGAUCUGGGAGACUGCAGCAGGGAAGCGGGUGUGAGUUGGUGCUGUUUGGUCGUCCUUUUGGUUUUGUACUUAUUUAUUAGCUCAGAACAGAACGUCCUCCAUCUUUGCUUCAGAUACCCGAAUCCCAAAACACUUCCAGGUUGGCACAUGGGCUCUGCUCCAGGUUGAAGAGCAGCACAGUGCUGUGGUUGAAUACAUCGGCUUCACAUGACAGCAUUUAGAGGGUGCAUCUAAAAUCCAUGCCAUGGUGCUCCCUUACCCACAACCCCAAGGUCCACUUGUGCACGAGGUGGUUUUUAUGAAGCAGGCUGAUGCCUUUUAAUGUAUUUUAACAAAUCGAGAUACUUUUUACACUAUUUAUGCUCCAACAUCUGCAAAGCUCUGGUCAGCUCUGUGCAAGCGCUCUGAUGGCUGUGGAGUUUGUCCCCCCCCUCCUCUCAUUUUCAGUUGUCUUUUACUUCACUGUUAAUAAACCACCUGAAAAGCUUAACACAGGGAGACCUCGUCAUCUUUAGUUCCUUUUUCACUCAAAGCUUUUCUGUGGUUAUUACAGUGUUUGCAUAGAAAUAAAUACAUAAUCUAUCCUU